CGCGUAAUGGAUUUCAAUCAAUUUAACCGGCCGCCACAGCAGGUACCACAGACGCUACCACAGUCUAUGAACCGUGAGCGUAUACAGGCCAUGGUCCAGAGAUUAAACAUUCUCCGUUCACAAGGUCAAAAUGAGCGUACAUCUACAGAAUUCGCCCAGAUGGCAGGAUUUUUGAGGAUGUUCGGUCAGUUCCAGCAAAUGCGUCAACAACAGCUUCAACAGCAGCAGCAGCAGCAAGGUGCACCUCAACAAGCUCCGCAAUCUCUCACUCCCGUGCAAAUUAACGCUCUGAAGGCUCAAAUGGCUACUUAUCAAUUCGCCAGCCAGAACAUGCCGACACCAGAGCACAUACAAAGGGAAGCAUUUGAACCAGCUCAGUAUCCAGUAGCACCACCCCCAGAAGAUACGAUACGCGACAAAACUAUCGGCGCUGCAGUUGAGAUUAACAAGGUUAAGGAGGAAACUCCUCAGAAGCCACAUGAGUAUCAGUCAUACAUUAGUCCACUCGUAUACCUUGAGGCUGGUCCAAAUUCAUCUAACAAUAGCACAAAAAAUCAGCGUAUAAUAAUCCCAUCUGUGAUGCCACAAGGUAUCGACCCAUACCAGCUUAUUGAAGAGCGCAAUCAUUUUCAGAAUAGACGUAUGUAUUGGCGUAUUCAAGAAUUGGAAGACAUGACAUCAACGACUUCUGACCAGCCAGCUCACAUCACCGGCAAUGAUAUUCUUGAUAGUAAGGCUCCUCAGGAUAUUGAUCAAAAGCCUGAGAGUCCUUCACUCACAGAUGUCAGCUCUUCAGACAAAAUGAAGGCCCUUAUUGAGUUGAAAGCACUCAAGCUUGUAGAGAAGCAACGCGCACUUCGCCAGGAUGUAAUCAGCGCACAAUCACAUGCUACGUUACUUACAACUGAUCGUGCUGCAUUUAGAAGAUUCAAGAAGCAAUCACUUAGAGACGCAAGAGCUACUGAACAAUUUGAACGGAAGCAACGCAGCGAGCGUGACAGAAAAAGUCGCCAAAAGCACCUUGAUUAUAUACUGUCUAUUCACAACCACGCUAACAACCUUCGUCAAGCCAAUCGCGAUGCAGUGGCUAAAGCACAAAAGAUGGGUAGAGCUGUACUCAAGCUUCAUGGCGACGUUGAAAAAGAAGAACAAAAACGUGUCGAGAGGGUCUCCAAGGAGCGUCUUGCCGCUCUUAGAAAUGACGACGAGGAGGCUUACUUGAAACUCAUUGAUACUGCGAAAGAUACAAGAAUUACCCACCUUCUGUCUCAAACAGAUGCUUAUCUUGAUUCGCUCACUCAGAAUGUCCUUGCUCAACAAAACGAAGUCGGAAUGGAAGAUAACUUCAACUUUGAAGUCGAAGAGGCACCUGCUACCGAGGCUACAUUCGGUGGUAGACGCCAAGAUGAUGAAGCUGAAGAUCAAGGAAAGGUUAGUGUUGAUUACUACGCCGUCGCUCAUCGCGUUAGCGAGAAGGUUACUACUCAACCAAGUAUUCUCAUUGGUGGUCAACUUAAGGAGUAUCAAUUGAAGGGUCUUCAAUGGAUGAUUUCACUUUACAAUAACCGCUUAAAUGGUAUUUUAGCAGACGAAAUGGGUCUUGGUAAGACUAUUCAAACUAUCUCUCUUGUUACAUUCUUGAUUGAACGUAAGAGACAAAAUGGACCUUACUUAAUCAUCGUUCCGCUUUCUACACUCACUAAUUGGGCUAUGGAAUUUGAGAAAUGGGCACCAUCAGUAUCUGUAGCAGUCUAUAAGGGUCCUCCACAGCAAAGAAAAGCAACGCAACAGCGUAUGAGACAAGGUUUCCAGGUUCUCUUGACAACAUUCGAAUAUGUCAUUAAGGAUCGUCCAGUUCUCAGUAAAUAUAACUGGGUAUUCAUGAUUAUGGAUGAAGGUCACCGUCUCAAGAAUACUGAAUCCAAGCUUUCACAGACUUUACAGCAGUUCUACAAGACGCGUUACCGUUUGAUUCUAACAGGUACACCACUCCAAAACAACUUACCAGAGUUAUGGGCUUUACUUAACUUCGUUCUUCCAAAAAUUUUCAACAGUGUGAAAUCGUUCGAUGAAUGGUUCAACACACCGUUUGCAAAUACUGGUUCUAAUGAGAAAAUGGAUCUUAAUGAAGAAGAAAGUUUACUUGUCAUCAAACGUCUACACAAGGUUUUGCGUCCUUUCCUUCUCCGUCGUCUUAAAAAGGAUGUUGAAAAGGAUCUUCCAGAUAAGGUUGAGAAGGUUGUUAAAUGUAGAAUGAGUCCUCUACAAAUUUCACUUUACAACCAAAUGAAAAAGUUCGGCCAAAUGGCUUCAAUUUCUCAGAGUGAUAAGAAUGGCGCUGUUGGUGGUAAUAACAAGUCUGGUAUUAAGGGUUUACAAAAUACAAUUAUGCAAUUGCGUAAAAUUGUUAACCACCCAUUCGUAUUCGAUGCAAUCGAGAGUGCAGUAAACCCUGCCAGUAUUUCCGAUGACAAGCUUUACAGGGUUGCAGGAAAGUUCGAAUUACUAGACCGUAUUCUUCCAAAACUCAAAGCAACUGGUCACAGAGUACUUAUUUUCUUCCAAAUGACAGCAAUUAUGACGAUUAUGGAGGAUUACCUCGCUUGGAAAGGUCUCAAACAUCUUCGACUUGAUGGUUCAACAAAGACAGAAGAACGCUCAAGUUUGUUGAACAAAUUCAAUGAUUUAGAUUCUGAUUACUUUGUCUUCUUAUUAUCAACUAGAGCCGGUGGUUUGGGUCUUAACUUGCAAUCAGCUGAUACUGUUAUUAUUUUCGAUUCUGAUUGGAACCCACACGCUGAUUUACAAGCUCAAGAUCGUGCACAUAGAAUUGGUCAAAAGAAGGAGGUUAGAAUUCUGCGAUUGAUCACGGAACGCUCUGUUGAAGAACAGAUUCUCGCACGUGCUCAGUACAAGCUUGAAAUUGAUGGAAAGGUCAUUCAAGCUGGUAAAUUCGACAAUAAAUCGACUGCAGAAGAACGUGAAGAUUUCCUUAGAUCUAUCCUUGAACAAGAAGCUGAAGAAGAAGAAGAAGCGGGUGAUAUGAAUGAUGAUGAAAUCAAUGAAUUGCUCGCUCGUGGUGAAGGUGAAAUUGAUGUAUUUAACCAAAUGGAUAAAGAAAGAGCCCAACAAGACGCUUUAUUCUGGCAAGCUAAAGGACUUGUGGGACCUAACCCAGGUAGACUUAUUACAGAUCAGGAAUUGCCAGAGAUUUACAGAUCUACUUACGAAUGGAACCCUAUCAUUGAAGCUGAUCAAGAAGCUCUCGAGGGUGGUAGAAGAGCACGUGCUGGCGUCGUUUACGACGAUGGUCUCACCGAAGAACAAUGGGUUAAUGCACUUGAGAACGAUGAAACGACUAUUGAGGAACAAUCUAGACUUAAACGUGAAAGAGCCGCGAAGGGUUUAACCGAAGAAGAAGAAAUAGACUCACCAGAUGUGGAUGGAUCAAAGAAGCGCAGUGGUAGACCAUCUAAAGUUGGAACACCCGUUCCUGGCGGUAAGCGCAAACGUAAUCCGGCCGUCGAAACACCUACGAUCGAUUACAAUGACGAACCAGCAAACAAAAAGAAGAAACCUGGUCUCGAUCCAGAGGCUAAGGAGAGACUUAAGAGUGUUCUCACACCUUUCUUUGAUGUUGUAUGGACAUUGACAGACGAAGAUGGUAGAUUGAGAGCUGACCUCUUCAGAGAAGUUCCUUCAAAGAAGCUUUACCCUGAUUAUGCUCUCUUGAUCAAGCAACCAAUGGCAUUGAACAAUAUCAAGCGUAAAAUUGAACGCAAGACGUAUCAAAACGCUAGAGAAUGUCUCAGUGAUUUCCAUUUGAUGUUUGCAAACGCUAGAACAUACAACGAACCAGGGUCUUGGGUCGUUGAAGAUGCAGAUGCUAUCCAAGCAGGCAUGGAUCAAGCAUGGAAUGAAAAGGUCCUUGGCACGGGUGUUGCAGGUUCAGAACUACCAGCUGAGGCAACAGGUCCACCUCAACCAGAUCAGAUAUUAGGCCCGGCAGCCCUUCAGGCAGUAGCACAGCCUAUGGUCCAACAUCAGGUACCUCAGCCCCCUCAACCACAAAAUCAGAUGGUAAAUAUUCCUCAAAUGCAGCAGCAGCCUCAGAUACAUCAACAAAUGCCACAACCAGCUAUGCAAGCGGCUCCUAUGUAUCAACAACCAUCAUAUGGAGCUGUUGAUCCGAACGCUUUCAUCGCUGAUCCAAUGUAUUAUCAGCAACAAGCAUAUGAUCAACAACAGCAACAACAAGCAGCAUUUGAGCAACAACAGCAACAACAGAUGUACCAAAGCUAUGGUGAUCCAUAUGGGCAACAGCCUCAUGGACCUUAAAUAAUAUAAAAGAAAGAGCAAAGAUUGUGACUUGUAAAAAUAUGUUUAUAUAUGAUUAACUAAUUAAAGAAAAGAAUGCAAAGAAAACAUUAGUCAUUAGACUGCAAUUCGUUAGCAACAUCCACCAGAGGUGCUAGGUUGUUGUUGACUAGCGUCAACUUUUACGCUGUUUGAUUGGUUGUUUGAACCUGAGGAUUGAGAGUCGAUUAAUCUAGACUUGAUAUCGCGGGCCAAAGUGAAGAAAGCGUCUUCAACGCCUACGUUGUUCUUAGCGGAGGUUUCAAUGAACUUGAUUUCUAAGCUAUCUGCUAAUUCCUUUCCUUGGUCCUGAGUAAUAGCACGCUUUUCAUCCCAGUCGCAUUUGUUACCGACUAAGAUUUUGUUUACGCCUUCAGAAGCGUAUUGAACGACGUUUGAGUGCCAUGUUCUGAUAUUGUUGAAACUGCGCUCAUCCGUGACGUCGUAGACUAAGAGAAUACCCAUCGCGCCUCUGUAGUAAGCGGUAGUGAUUGUUCUGAAUCUUUCUUGACCAGCGGUAUCCCAGAUUUGUAGCUUUAUUCUCUUGCCAUCGAGUUCGAUAGUACGAAUUUUGAAGUCGAUUCCGAUUGUAGUGAUAAAUGAUGGUGUCCAGGCAUCGUCACAGAAACGCAGUAACAAGCAAGACUUUCCGACGCCGGAGUCACCGAUAAGUAGAACUAGUGGUUUGAUUAAAAAAUCGUAAUGUGGGUUUCCCAUGGUAAUUUCUCUAUGAUGGACGUAUCUCCUC